CACUAGACGAACGGCUCUUCUCCACUCAGCCUGGAGUCGCUGUCUACAGCGUACCCCGGCACCCUGGCCCUGCUUACACAACUCACGACAUCACAAAGGGACACCCCAACUUGGCGGGAACGCCGCCUGGUCAUGCCCACUCCCCAGCGCUCUCUCAGGUAUCAGUACCCACAGCUUUCCAAUAUCGCUACCCUAAGGGCUGGGAGGCAGGCGGAGGGUCACCGUAUAACACCGGGCAAAACGCUGUCUCCACUUCCUUAGUGUAUUCUCACCAAACACAGCCAAUGAAUGCACAGCCACAGAGUCGCCCGUUUGCUACGGGCCCUCGACCAACCCACCAUCAGGGAGGAUUCAGGCCCAUCCAGUUUUUUCCAAGAACUCAGAUGCAAACUGCGAGGGCCUCAAUGCCGACAAACGCACCCUCCAUACGUCCCGGCUCGCAGACUCCUGCGGCGGCUGUCUACCCCACCAAUCAGCCAAUCAUGAUGGCCAUGGCCCCCAUGCCUUUCCCAUCCCCACAGGCUGCACAGUACUACAUCCCACAGUACCGCCCCAGUACACCCUAUGUGGGUCCGCCACAGCAGUAUUCGGUCCAGCCUCCAGGCUCUGGCACCUUUUAUCCUGGUCCAGGACCAGGGGAAUACUCCAACCCAUACCAUCCCCUCAGGUACCACCCUCCUGUGUCCCCCUCUGUCCCUGCACCCGUUCAAACAGCUGGCCCGACCUUCUACCCUGGGCAGACACUGUUCCCCCACUCGCCCUCCAUCAUAGUGCCUACACAACAGCAACCUCAGCAGGCCAGGCGUGAGAAGAAAACAAUCUGUAUCCGUGACCCGAAUCAGGGCGGCAAGGAUAUCACAGCAGAGAUCUUGGCUGGGGGCUCAGGGAGCAGGAACUCAACGCCUCCUGUCGGUCCUUCCUCCACCCCAACACCUCCACAGCACCCAAGCAGCAGCCAGACUCCGGAGCAGCAGCAUUCGCAGCCCUCUCUUCCUGCUCAGCAGCAACAGGCCCAUCCUGGAAGUGUUACACCGGAGCCGCAGCAGAUACAACAGCAGCCGCUAACAAUUGGGGCUCCAGACAGCAAACCAGGACCAGUUGAUUUGCCAAAAUUGGAGCCAGUGGUCCAGCAGUCUUCCUCUCCUGCUCUCUUGCAGCUUGAAGCUCCCUUAGAGAGAAUGGAGGCCACUAGUUCUGGGCCUGAGCCCCCUGCCUCUGUGGAGUUAGAGCUUCCCUUCCACAACGCUAUCGUUCCCCCCCCUACAGUAGCUAACUCUGCUCCCUCGGCCAGGGAGUCCGCUGCUUCAGCCCCCUCCUCUGUCGGAGAGAACAAAUCGUCCCUGGUAGCACCUCACAUGCCCAGCACAGACAAACCGCUUCCAGACGCCCCGCAGACUUUCGGCGCUUCUCCGUCAGCUUCUCCUAAGGCUUUGAAUGGCCUCACCGAUUCGGGGAACGAGCUCGAAGUCGUAGCUCAAGAGCCGCCGCUCCUUCCCCAGGUGGCGCUUCACCCGCUGGCUGCUGCUUCCGUUUACAGAGACGCCUCAUCCUCGGAAGCCGUGCCCUCUGACGUGAGGCCAGAUGUGCCAAUCGCUGCUGUGCUGUCCCCUUUGUCACCUGUUGCCGUGGUGCCUGUCACCCUUACCUCGAGCCCCCUCCCAGCUCUGUCAGUUAUGCUCCCCCCUGGCCUUCCGCCUCUUGUGCAGGCCACAGCAGAGGCAGAUGAGCCCAGCAAGACCUUAGAUAUAAAAGACCUCAUGUCCAGAGGAGGGAUGGAGGCGCAGGGUGGCAUUAAUGAGAGCAAAGUGGAGCCUCAGCUACAAGCGCUGGCCAGGAGGAGCCCCACAGCGGUGAAUCAGACGUCUGCUAUACCAAAGACCUGGAGAAAACCAAAUGAAACUUUCAGUGCUGGAGACGCGCAUCAAAAGGAGGAAGAGGAGGAGCCCAAAGUUCUAGACUCGCCUGCAAGUGAGCAAUCCCUUCAAUCGGCCCCUCUCAGCUGCAGUCCUGGCCCCCUGCCGACAGUCUUCCCCUCUGCUGCUGCUGCCCCGACACCUGCUCCCACCGUUAGCCCCGACGCUGACGGAAAGCCCACCGUUUCUGAGGAAAACGGCGAGGCAGAGUCGGAGCCCCUGAGAAACGGAGCGGGCCACACGUCGGAGACGGAGAGCAGUGACAGCGGAGCCACCCCUGGAGACAAGGAGAUCUCCACGGAGGCCCCUCAGGAUGUCGAAGACCUUGCUGAGCUGAGUGGGAAGCGGCAGUAUGGCAGAGACUUCCUGUUGAACUUCCAGUUCAUGCCUCAGUGCAUACAGAAACCUGAGGGGCUCCCACCAAUCAGUGAUGUGGUGCUGGACAAGAUGAACCAAAACAAGUUGUCAUCCCGGGUGGUGGACUCCAGGGUGAUUUCUAGGGGACCUGAUUUCACGCCUGCUUUUGCAGAUUUUGGGCGACAGAUGAGUGGUGGACGGGGAGCAGCUCUUAUGAACCUGGGGACACGACGGCCUCCGCCCAGGAAGAUCAUCGUAAACGUGUCCGUUAACGAUGACAUUCAGCUGAAGAAGUCGGAGAACGCCUGGAAGCCCGGCAUGAAGAGGGAGGGCCAACCAGAGGAUCCAGAGACUCAGAAAACUCAGGAGCUCUUCAGGAAGGUCCGCAGCAUCCUGAACAAGCUGACGCCACAGAAGUUCAACCAGCUGAUGCAGCAGGUGACGGAUCUGACCAUUGACACAGAGGAAAGGCUCAAAGGGGUCAUCGACCUGGUUUUUGAGAAAGCCAUCGAUGAGCCCAGCUUCUCUGUGGCUUAUGGACAAAUGUGUCGGUUCCUUGCAAAGCUCAAGGUGCAGAUGACAGAUAAACCUCAGACCACUGUAAAUUUCCGCGCUCUGCUGCUACACCGCUGCCAGAAGGAGUUUGAGAAAGACAAGGCAGACGACGUGGUGUUUGAGAGGAAGCAGAAAGAGCUGGACUCUGCUGCAUCGGCUGCAGAGCGUGACCGGCUUCAGGAGGAGCUGGAGGAAGCCAAGGACAAGGCCAGGCGGCGCUCCAUUGGCAACAUCAAGUUCAUUGGCGAGCUCUUCAAGCUCAAAAUGUUGACUGAAGCCAUCAUGCACGACUGUGUGGUCAAGCUGCUGAAGAACCAUGACCAGGAGUCCUUGGAGUGCCUGUGCAGGCUGCUUACCACCAUUGGAAAGGAUCUGGACUUUGAGAAGGCCAAGCCUCGCAUGGAUCAGUAUUUCAACCAAAUGGAAAAAAUUGUUAAGGAGCGGAAGACAUCAUCUAGGAUACGAUUUAUGCUCCAGGAUGUUAUAGACCUCAGACUGCACAACUGGGUGUCCAGGAGAGCCGACCAGGGUCCAAAGACCAUCGAGCAGAUCCACAAGGAGGCAAAGAUUGAAGAGCAGGAAGAGCAGCGAAAGGUGCACCAGCAGCUGCUCUCCAAGGACAGCAAGAGACGGCCAGAUCCAAGAGAGCAGAGGGAGUCACGCAAAGAGGAAACCUGGAACACGGUGCCCAUGACGAAGAACAGCAGGACCAUCGACCCCAAUAAGAUCCCAAAGAUCUCCAAGCCUCAGAUGGAUGAGAAGAUCCAGCUUGGCCCAAGAGCUCAAGUCACGUGGGUGAAGGGCAGCAGUGGAGGAGCCAAAGCUAGCGACUCGGGUAAGACACUAAAGCAACUUAUGAUGGAGCAAGACUCCAUUUAA